GCUUUAGUGAUAACCGAAUAUUUAAGCCGAUUUGAUUUUUUUCCGUAGCUUGAAAAAAUUUUUUAAACAAUAAAUCGAAGAUACAGACGCGAACGAAAGUGAAUUUUUAUUUGAGAAUUAAGAAAAUUUCUCACCAAGUGCCAUGAACACAAUCGCGAAAUGGAUUACCGCGACAUUGUGUCUUGUCGUUCUGUUCAAUAGCAAUUAUGUGAUAGCAAGACCUGAUGGAGCAGAUGGAUAUGACUAUCCAAAGCCAGACAUUCCAUUCCCUCCUCCAACUCAACCUCCUGCAAAACCACCAACAACAGCAAGAACUCAACCUCCUACUCAACCACCAACCAGACCACCUACCACCUACUUACCUCCACCAACUGAACCAUCUUGUGGUCCAAACUCUAAAGAUCCAAAAUGUUGCACACCUGGAUCAUCAAAUCCAAUCUGUAAACCAGUUCCCCCACCAACAACAAGACCCCCACCCCCUACAACUACCUCAAAACCUAAACCACCCCCUACAACUACCACAAAACCUAAACCACCCCCUACAACACGUCCCCCUCCUCCCCCAACUACCACAAGACCAGCAGUGACAACAAAAGCAGUUCCAACAACGACUGGAUAUGAUUAUACAACUCCAAAAGUGACUUUCACAGUCCCACCAGCAACAAAACCUACAACAAAGCCUCCCCCACCCCCUCCAAAAACUACACAGCCCCCAACCAGACCACCAACAACAUACUUACCACCUCCCACUGAGCCUUCAUGUGGACCAAACUCGAAAGAUCCAAAAUGCUGUACUCCAGGAUCUUCAAACCCAAUUUGUAAGGCAGUUCCACCACCCACGACAAAGGCCCCACCACCUCCAACCACAAAGGCCCCACCCCCUCCUACUACAAAAGCCCCACCUCCUCCAACGACUACAAAACCAGCAGUAACUACAAGGCCCAAAACAACGACCCAAGUUAAAACUAAUCCACCAACGUCAGAAGUCACAGGAUAUGAAUACACAACGCCUAAAGUUCCAUUCCCAACACCUACAAGACCACAGCCAACCACAAGACCCCCUCCGGUUGUCACUACAAAAGCUACAACAAAGCCACCUCAAACAAGGCCUCCAACUACUUAUCUUCCUCCAGUAACCACAAGAUCACCUCCAGUAACCACAAGAUCACCUCCAGUUACCACAAAAUCACCUCCAGUUACAACUAAGCCACCCCCACCUCGUACAACUACAAAGCCUCAACCACCCAUAACAAGACCCCCGCAAACAACUGCUAAAACCAAUCCUCCAGUCAAUACACCAAGAACAAAUCCACCAGUCGGAACAACAACAACAGGAUAUGAGUAUACGACACCAAAGGACAAAUUUACAGUUCCACCAAAGACACAACCAACGACAAGACCACAAACAACUGUAAAAACAACUCAACCACAAACCAGACCACCAACUACAUACUUACCACCUCCAACAGAACCACAAUGUGGACCGAAUUCAAAAGAUCCAAAGUGCUGCACACCAGGUUCAAAAAAUCCAGUAUGCAAUCCACCAACAAACAGACCAACACCAACAACAAGAGCUACUCAACCGCCUACUAAGCCACAAACGAGGCCUCCAACUACAUAUUUACCACCCCCUACUGAGCCUCAAUGUGGUCCCAACUCAAAGGAUCCAAAAUGCUGCACACCGGGAUCUAAAAACCCUGCCUGCAAUUCUAAAACUACAAAACCUCCAGUUGUAACUACUUUUAAGCCUCCCACAAAGCCACAAACUACUCGUCCAGCUACAAGACCUCCAACAACUUAUUUACCACCUGUUACUGAACCUUCAUGUGGACCAAACUCAAAUGAUAUUAAAUGUUGUAAGCCAGGAUCAAAAAAUCCAGUUUGUAAUCCAAAAACAACUGCUCCAGCAACAAAACCUACUGCAAGACCCCCUCCCCAGACGACGAGACCCACACCAUCAACAACAGCAAAGACAAAUCCACCAGUAGUGACAACAACAACUGGCUAUGAAUACACUACACCAAAAGUGACAUUUACAGUUCCUCCAAAAACACAACCUACAAAACCUCCUACGAAUCCACCAACUAAGCCACAAACAAAGCCACCUACUCAGGCACCAACAAGGCCCCCUACCACAUAUUUACCUCCACCAACUGAGCCUCAAUGUGGUCCAAACUCGAAAGAUCCAAAAUGUUGCAAACCAGGCUCAAAAAACCCUGCUUGUAAUCCACCAACCAGCAGACCAACACCAACAACAAGAGCUACUCAACCGCCUACUAAACCACAAACUCAACCUCCAACGAGGCCCCCCACAACGUACUUACCCCCUCCUACUGAACCUCAAUGCGGUCCAAACUCGAAAGAUCCAAAAUGUUGCAAACCAGGCUCAAAAAACCCUGCUUGUAAUCCACCAACCAGCAGACCAACACCAACAACAAGAGCUACUCAACCGCCUACUAAACCACAAACUCAACCUCCAACGAGGCCCCCCACAACGUACUUACCCCCUCCUACUGAACCUCAAUGCGGUCCAAACUCGAAAGAUCCAAAAUGUUGCAAACCAGGCUCAAAAAACCCUGCUUGUAAUCCACCAACCAGCAGACCAACACCAACAACAAGAGCUACUCAACCGCCUACUAAACCACAAACUCAACCUCCAACGAGGCCCCCCACAACGUACUUACCCCCUCCUACUGAACCUCAAUGCGGUCCUAAUUCAAAUGAUAUAAAAUGCUGUAAACCAGGAUCAAAAAACCCUGUCUGUAAUCCUCCAACCACAAAGCCUCAACCCCCAAUAACAACAAAACCCACUCAGCCAAAAACCACGAAACCCCCACAAACCACUAGACCCCAAACUCAAAGAACUAAUCCCCCAACAACAACGAGAGCUGUUCCAACACCAACUGAAGUUACUGGGUAUGAAUACACCACGCCUUUGAUUACAUUCACACUUCCACCAAAGACUGUUGCAACUACAAAACCUCCAGUCGUAACUACAACAAAGGUACCUACAAAACCUCCUACUCAGCCUCCAACCAGACCACCUACCACCUACUUACCUCCACCUACUGAACCAUCUUGUGGACCAAACUCAAAAGAUCCAAAAUGUUGCACACCUGGAUCAUCAAAUCCAAUCUGUAAACCAGUUCCCCCACCAACAACAAGACCCCCACCCCCUCCAACUACCACAAAACCUAAACCACCCCCUACAACACGUCCCCCUCCUCCCCCAACUACCACAAGACCAGCAGUGACAACAAAAGCAGUUCCAACAACAACUGGAUAUGAUUAUACAACUCCAAAAGUGACUUUCACAGUCCCACCAGCAACAAAACCUACAACAAAGCCUCCCCCACCCCCUCCAAAAACUACACAGCCCCCAACCAGACCACCAACAACAUACUUGCCACCUCCAACUGAGCCUUCAUGUGGACCAAACUCAAAAGAUCCAAAAUGCUGUACUCCAGGAUCUUCAAACCCAAUUUGUAAGCCAGUUCCACCACCUACAAAAAAAGCCCCACCACCUCCAACUACUAAGGCCCCACCACCUCCAACCACAAAGGCCCCACCUCCAACCACAAAGGCCCCACCUCCCAAAACUACAAAAGCUCCACCUCCUCCAACUACAAGACCACCUCCUCCACCAACCAAGAAAGAAACAGAAGAAACAGGAUAUGAAUACACAACACCUCAAAUUUCAUUCACACUUCCACCAAAAACAGUUCCAACAACAAAACCACCAGUCAUAACUACAAAGGCACCUACAAAACCUCCUACUCAGCCUCCAACCAGACCACCAACUACUUACUUACCACCACCAACUGAGCCAUCAUGUGGACCUAAUUCAAAGGACCCAAAAUGUUGCACACCUGGAUCAUCGAAUCCAAUCUGUAAAAAGGAAGUUCCUCCAACAACAACCAGAGCUACCACGACCACAACAAAAGCUACUACGACCACGACAAAAGCAACUACAACUACAAAAGCACCAACGACUACAAAAGCAACCACAACAACCCCAAAACCAACAACAUUACCCCCAACUUAUCUUCCACCAGCAUGUGAGCCAAACUCCAAGGAUCCAAGCUGCUGCGUUCCAGGAUCAUCAAAUCCAAACUGUAAGAAAGAGGAACCAACCACAACAAAGCCACAAACCACACGAACAACGCCAAAACCUACCACAACAACUCCAAAACCUACCACAACCACUACAAAGGCUACCACUACAACCACAAAGGCUACAACAACAACCACAAAAGCACCAACAACUACAAAGGCAACCACAACAACACCAAAGCCCACAACAUUGCCCCCAACUUAUCUUCCUCCAGCAUGUGAGCCAAACUCGAAGGACCCAAGCUGCUGUGUUCCAGGAUCAUCAAAUCCAAAUUGUAAGAAAGAAGAACCAACCACAGCCAAACCACCACCUCCAAAAACUACCACAAGACCCCCCACUACUACUACAAAACCCCCAACAACUACAACAACUACCAAACGACCAACCACAACCAAACCUCCACCCCCUCCAACGACAACUAUUAUCCCAUCAACACAAGGUCCAACUUACCUUCCACCAGAUGAAGAAUCACCAGCAGGUUCAAAUGAUGAUGUAGUCUCAGUACUGGUUCCAAAGAAGUCAACAGCAGCACCACCAACCCGUCCAGGACCAACAAAUCCCCCACCCCCUCCAGCUAGAACCACAAAAGCACCACAACCACCUGCAGUUACAACAAAAGCACCACUAAAAGCAACAACAGUAUUUGCUGGACCAAGUUAUUUGCCAAUUGGAAAGCCAGCAAGUCCAAGACCAAGCAGAAGAUAUACAGAUAGAACUUAUACAUUCGGAAGUGUGACUUAUAGGCCGUAUACAUACAGACACAUUGAUGGAACACCUGGAACUUACACUUAUAGAUCAACAACAACUGGAACUACCACAACGACUGCUAAGUAUGAAUACAGACAACCAGCUGGACGUCGAUUGAGGAUUUAUUAAGUUUUAGAAUUUGAGAAUUUUCUUUAGGGAUUGAAAAAUGUUUGAAAUUUUUUAAUAAUUAAGUCAAAAUGAAAUAAAAAGGAAUUAAAAAACAGAACAAAAGGGGAGCAAAAUACAGCAUGGAAGUUUAAGACAAUAUCAAGUGUGCCUUAGAAUUUUUAAAUUAAUUUGUAUAUUCAACAAAAAUAAUAG